CGUCCUCCCGCGGAGGGGUGUAAACAGGCCGGGUGGCGGCCGAGCUGCGGGCCUGCUGCAUCCUGGUGUCCGGCAUGCUUCAGGCGGGCCGGGGUGGCCCAGCCGCGAGCUCAGCGCCCACCUGAGCUUGAGGUCCAUGGCCCAAAAUGACUCUACCACUGGAGACUCUCUUCAGUAAAGAAGACAACCAGACAGGAGGCUGGGAUGAGCAUGCCACUGCAUCAGAUCUCUGCCAUUCCAACCCAGGAUGCCACCUCUGCUAGAGUCUACAGAAGUAAGACCAAAGAAAAGGAGAGGGAAGAGCAGAAUGAGAAGACUUUGGGACAUUCCAUGAGUCAUUCAAGUAACAUUUCUAAGGCUGGGGGUUCUUCGUUGGCGUCGGCUCCGGUGUCCGCCUUCCCUCGCUCUUCUGUCACACCGUCCAAUCAGGACAUCUGCAGUUCCAGUGCAGUGUGUUCUGAAUGUUGUCACCAAAGUCCCGUGCAGUCUGCUGUUGUCUUGAAAGCUCCUCCCUGCCAGAGUUCUCUGACGCAAGGGCUCACUGUGACAGUUAUCUGUAAAGACACAUUGUCCAAGAGAAAUUCCUGUGGUUCAGAACGGGCCCAGGCCUUGAAGCCUGUUGACAAUACCAAAGCCAGAAGAACACUAAAGUUCUCAAAAUCCUUAAACGAUGUGGGCGAGAAGGCCCAGGAUACUGUGGAAAGUUUUGACUAUGUGGAAAGAACUUGCUCCGAAGGGAAACUGAUACUCCCUCCAGAUCCGGGUCUGAGAAUAAACAGGUUCCACCAGAAGGAAAAAAGAGCACUGCAUUGCAAACCUCUUGGCAAUUCCAAACAUUCUUGUGUUUCCUCCCUUUCUGCCAAUCGAUCAACUGCCUCAGAGGUGGAAGCCGGCAAGGGGGGCACGCACGUCCCUCUUUUGGAGGAGAAAGCAGAUGGCGAAGCCGUGUCCCGGAGCCGGCGGCUGCUCCGGUACCUGUUCUCGCUCUCACACGGCUCGAGCACCCGCAGCCUGCACAGGUUCCAUGAGCUGGAGAACUGUGCCGCCCGUCUGCACACCGCCAAGUCCUCCAGCGGGCUGGCAGGGAGCGCGGGCUUCUGCUCGGAUGAGAUGGGAGACGACGAUGUCUUUGAGGACAGCACAUCUGCAAAGUGGAAAAGCAAGGUCCUGCGGGCGCCCCUCUGCUCAGUGGAGAAGGACAGUGACCUGGAUUGUCCUUCUCCCCCCUCUGAAAAAUGCCCCCCGAUCUCUCCUGUGUCCACGUCAGGGGAUGCCUGCAGGAUCUGCCACUGUGAAGGGGAUGAUGAGAGCCCUCUGAUCACCCCCUGCCGCUGCACGGGGAGCCUGCACUUCGUGCACCAGACCUGCCUGCAGCAGUGGAUCAAGAGCUCCGACACGCGCUGCUGUGAGCUCUGCAAGUACGAGUUCAUCAUGGAGGUCAAGCUGAAGCCUUUGCGAAAAUGGGAGAAGUUGCAGAUGACGGCCAGUGAGCGCAGGAAGAUCAUGUGCUCAGUGACAUUCCAUGUCAUCGCCAUCACCUGUGUGGUCUGGUCCUUGUAUGUGCUCAUCGACCGUACCACCGAGGAGAUCAAACACGGACAGGCAACAGGAAUCCUAGAGUGGCCUUUUUGGACUAAACUGGUGGUUGUGGCCAUCGGCUUUACCGGCGGACUUCUUUUUAUGUAUGUUCAGUGCAAAGUGUAUGUACAAUUAUGGAAGAGACUCAAGGCUUAUAACAGAGUAAUCUAUGUUCAAAACUGUCCAGAAACAAGCAAAAAGAAUAUUUUCGAAAAAUCUGCACUAACAGAACCGAACUUUGAAAAUAAAGAUGGACAUGGAAUCUGUCAUUCUGACACAAACUCUUCUUGUUGGACAGAACCUGAAGACACUGGAACAGAAAUCGUUCAUGUCUGAUUUUGUGCAGGGGUUAGUUUUCCUGGACAUCGAAGAACAGCUGAAGGAAAUUGUUUACUGCCAA